UGUUUUCGAAAAUCGAAACAGAUGAUAAAACAGAAUUUUUUUGUUGAUUAUUUUCGAUUAACUUCGCUGUUGUUGUUGUUGUUGUUUGUAUUUUAAAAACAGUUUAAAAUGGCUACAGGAAAAGAUUUAAUAAAUGCUGUUAGAGAAUCAUUAGAACGUGAUGGUGAACUUGGAAAAAUAAAAGCUGAAUUAGAAAUGAAAAUAAUUGAAUUACUUGAUUCAUCAACACCAUCAAGUCAUAAAAAAAAACCUGAUUCACCAAAAGAUGUUGUUAUAAUUAAUGAAAUUAUUAUGGAAUAUUUAAAUUGGAUUGGUUAUAAACACACAUCAACUGUUUUUAAAUCAGAAUGUGACUGUGGAAAUCGUAGAUUGGAACGUUCAUUUAUAACUCAAGAUUUGGGAAUAAAAGAUACUGAUGAAAGUGAAAAAUUGCCAUUGCUAAUUUCACUUAUUGACACAUUUAAAGCAAGAAAAUUAUCAUUAAAAAAUUAAAAAAACAUUUAAAAAAUUAUAAAAGAUAAUUAAACAUAU